AUGUCGUUUGAUAUUGAUUGGACUAAGAUUGAGUCUGAUGCUGGUUUGAACGAGUCAAUCAAAUGCCAUCUGAACUCGUAUUUGCAGUCAAUCGACCUGCCGGACUAUGUCAGCCAUUUGAGAAUUGUGGACUUUUCAAUUGGAAAGGUGCCACCCAACAUCAUUCUUCGAGAGAUCUCUGAUCCGUUGGAUGAUUUCUAUCAGGCACUUAACGAAGACAUUGAGGGCGUCGAAGGCGCCAAACCUGUCGAACGGAACCCUAACGAUGUCCAGUUCCUCACUGAGAUAGAGUAUAAGGGCGACUUACUGAUAACCAUCGCGGCAGAUCUGGUUUUACACUAUCCUACUAAGAGUUUCAUGACUUUGCCCGUAAAGUUGACAAUUAGCAAUAUAGGUAUCCAUUCGCUAUGUCUUAUAGCGUAUUUGUCCAAGCAGGUCUUUGUUAGUUUCCUCUGUGAUGUAAGUGACAGCAUGCUGGAUAAGAAUGAGUCGAUUCUCGAUACCUCAGGGUCGCUUCUUACCCCCAAGAGAUCGCUUGAGAGGAUACUGAUAUUGCGAACUAUGAAGAUAGAGACGGAAAUAGGCGAACAGUGCCAGGGCGAGGGCUCUGUGCUUCGUAGCGUUGGCAAAUUAGAGCAGUUUCUGCUGGAAAAUUUUAAGGAGGUCCUACGGAAGGAACUGAGUUGGCCCAGCUGGAUAAGCCUCGAUCUCUCGAAUGACGAUGACGGCGAGGACUAUUCUGCCCGACCGGAUCAGCCUAGCGAAGACAGGCCCGUGUAA